ACUAAUAAUCUGUUUCUCUCACCAAACCGGCCAGAAUUCGAUUCAAUCCCGAUGUAAAAAAAGUAAAAUGAAGUAGCCCCGCCCACCUAGGGUUCCACGAGCUACAUGAGAGUCGUCGAUCCCUCCCCAAAGGCUGAGAAUCUCAGCUUUCUUUAGCAUUUUCUAUUCAAUUUUGAAGUUUUCUUUUUCCCUAACUCCCUUCUAGUUUUCCUCCGCCUCUCUCCAUGAUUUCAGAUUCUCUCAUAGUUUUUCUACUUGCUCUGUUCCUAAAUCUGAUAAUCCCCAAAAAGGUUUUUAGCCGUUGUUUCUCGUUUCCUUGGUUUCUCACCUCCAAAAUCCCUAAAUACUUUACUAGAGUUUUAUACUCCCUGUAUCUAGCUAUUAGCCAAAAAAACCCCAAAAUUUUUUUUAUAAUCUUUGUUGUUUUUGCUUGUUUUUCCUAUUGGUCGAUUAUGACGCAAUCGGGCUUGGUUACCAGCAAGUGGAGCCCCGCCGGAAGAGUGAUUGCUGAAUCUCCUAUCAAAAGGGGAAGAUCUAUGAAGUUUUGGCCAAGGCAUGGAGAAACUUUCAGGAAUCGUUUAGUAGAGAAUAAGAAUGGAGAAGUACCUGAUGAAGAAGUCGACGGGGUAGCAGCUGUUGCAGCAGUGGCGAAGAGGACGAGGAUUAGCAGGGGUAUGAGAAAGAUUGCAGUUGCAGAGGUCAUCGCCGGAGACGGGGGAGAUUGGAGAUGCUGGAAUUGGGAGAGGCCUCUUUUUUUGGUGAAGCUCAUUUUCUUGAUAAUAACCAACCUGAUCUGAUUUUUUUUUUUUUUUUGAAAAUAGGUAAUUGAGAGCGUUUUGAUUCUCAACAGGUUUUUUUUUUUGUCCUUUUAACAAUAUAAAAGAUACAGAUACAGAAAAAAGCGACUGCAUUUAGCAUUCCUCUUCGAAAGAAUGAGAAGGUCAAAAGAUUGUCGAUUUUAGAAGAGUACGGCGACGGUUAAGAAAUCAAAUGCCCUUUC